AGCUGAUGGAGGAUAUCGGGAGUGGAUCCUCCGGAGGUCGCUAGUGCUGUUCGUGGUCGGGUGUUCGCACUGGAAUUUCUUAUCGAGCUUCUCGCUCCCCCUCGUUUAAAUGUAUUUAUUCUACUCGGUUUGGGCUUCUCUCCAGUUCUACUGUAGGGGCACCUUGUUUGCUUUCGAAAGCCCAAAAUCGUGCACUCUCCCCGGCUUUGGAGGAAGAAGUAACGGACGUGUGCGUUGAUUGGAAGCAUCCGUCUGGAACUCUGCUGCUACUUGCCAGUAUUUCUAUUUUUCACUUCCCGCAACGCCCGAUUCCCCCUUUCCUCGACUAUCGCCUCACUUCUACCAGAUUUUUUGGGGGUGUACAAUAAUAUCGAUUUUGUUUUAUUAAACUUGCUAACAAGUUGCUAUGGGCUAACCAAGCUAGCGUCUUCAAGAAACAAGAGGACUGUUUACUGACAUCCGGUGUGCUUUUAAAUCUGCUCCGCUUGUGGAACGUCACCUUGGCUGGAAUUGUUUUUACAAUCGGAUUCCCCCACGGAGCAGCAAACAGCUGAAUAUCUCCAGACUGCACAACAACUUGCAUUCAAGAUCUCCAAUGUGAGGCCGCGCGUGAGUCCAGACUCAUCAAUGUCUCCUACGGCAUCUGAUGGAAGAUAAAGUGUCAAACGGCUCUGCCAUGGUGUCAAGACUGCCCAAAUUUGGCGGGCGCUCCACAAGUGCCGGCGCCGGACCCUUGACCAAUGGUUCGUCCACCCAGGACGCCAAGACGCCUGCCGCUGGAGCACGCCCAAAUGGUACAAUCCGAACGUCUCCCUUUUCCCUGAAAUGGAGGAGAGAUGAAAGGGCAGCCCCCUCCAGCCUCACCAGCCCGCCGGAUGGAGGCAAGGAGACGACGAGACAACUUCCCUCCAUGCCGAAGGAGGCAAAGAGUAGCUCCCCGGGGACUCCCAUCAUGCGGAGGUCAGCGUUGUCGGUGGUGGCGGCAUCGAGCCCCAAAGCCGCGCCCAAGCAGGCCUUAAAAGUCACCCCCAAAGACGGCAUCAAAAUGGGUCAAAGCUCUCUCAACGGCGUCCCCAAAGCAGACCGCAGCGAUGCUGAGUCCCGCCUGGCACAGCCCAAGUUCUCCUCGGGCCCGCCAAGAAGCAGCUCCAAAGAGCGCCUUUCCCAGUCCAGCGAAAGCCUGAAGACUCUGGAGCUGGACAAGAUGGUGCGCUCAAACAGCUUCACGCAUUUCAAGCAGAUUCCGUCUCCCAACAGCCAGCCCAUGAUACGUUCCUUCUCCUUCAACCGGGCCGUAGAACUGGCCAAACCUCUGGCCAACACUCAACUUCGACCACCGAGGAGCAGUUUGCUCAAAGCCCCGCAAGUCAGCAACGGACGCUUAAGUUUAGGACUCGGGGCUCUGCGCGUUGGCCACGGAGGGUCUGGAUGUUCCGGUGGCGGGACUGGAGGUGUGCAGUACAGCCGAGCACCCGCGGCCGCCUCUUCGCUAGCGGCGCCGUCGCCGCCGCCGGCGCCAUCCACUCCCAGAGCUCUGAAGAAGCCGCUGCUCUCCACUUGCGGUUUGAACAAGUUGUUGGGGACGAGUGGGGGGUCUUUGGGCUUCAGGCAGGCCAAACCUGCGCAGGCCAAGCAGCAGAAGACCAUACUUCCAGGCUGGGUUAAAGGAGCCCUCAAAUCUUCACCCACUCUUCCAGGUGGAGAUGCUGAGCCCACAGGAAAGGAUGAAGAAGCAAACUGUCACGAUGACACGGAUCAAAAUCCCACUGAUGGAGGAGCAAAAGAAGAAAGCAGUGUGCUGCGGCCAAACUCCGAUCAGGUUCUUAGUGACGGUCCGGAAGACAUGUCCUUGUCUUCUGCUUCGUCCUUCGACAGAGGAAACACCAGUGAAGACUUUUUAGAUGACUUGGACAGCGUAGGGGAUGUUCUCAGUGACGGCGACGCUCACGACAACAACAAGACCAAUCGCUUUCUUGAUGAAACCACCGACUGGGAUCUGGCAGGUGACAAUGACGAAAGCCCCAUGCAGGACUCCCAAGGGGCACUUGUGAAGUCGGCCGUGGAAGGCAAUGUCUGCCGAGCUUCAUCCUCUGAGCUCUCGCCCUCCAACAGCUCCGGAGGAACCUACAUGUGGGACGAAGAAGGUCUCGAACCUUUCGCAGGGCCCGGCGGGACGUUUCCGUCCGAUCUGUAUGACGACUCUGAGCUCAACAGCAUGGAUAUCCUGAACAAUCUGCUCAGCCCAGGGGUUGAAGAGGUGGAUGACGAUGACCUCAUGCUGGACGUGGACCUCCCAGAGGACGGUUUGCAUGACUUUGACAGAAUGUCCAACGGUGAGAGCACGCCUCAACGGCAGGGACAGCGGCGUCGGCAUCAACGCUGGAAUGGACCCGAGCGCGACGGCAGGGCACCGUUCUUCCAUCACUACGAUGGCCUCAAGUCUUCAAGGAUGUCCUAUCAAGCCCCCCACUCCGAAGCGAGGCGACACAACCAUGCGCCCGUGCCCGAUGAGCUCUCGCUGGAGCUCAUGAGCCAGGACUGCAGCCUGGUCAAGAACCAACUGCUCAGGCUGAAAAACCUACUGCAGCUGGAGGAUAAGGCGGACUCGGCAGCAAAUGUUGCGGGGGAGAUUGAAGGCAAUUCCAAUGGUGUAGCCCAGUUUGAGGAGCUGCUGAAGGAGGUGCACGCGCUCCGGGAAGAACUUAGGAGUCGAGACAAGACCAUCGUUCAGCUCACGCUGCAGUGUCAGCAGCUGCAGCAGCAUCAGCAGGAACAAGCGCUCGCCCGAGAGCGUCAGGUGCGGUGCCAGUGUCAGAGGGCGCCGUCGCUUCUGCGACCGCCGGGAGACAAGCGACUGCAGCGCCCAUGUGACAAGGCCACCCAGACCCAUUGGAGAACCCCCGGUCACGCUCUUCAAAUACCUUUCAACUUCAGCGAGCGUUUCCGCCCGGGAAGACCAGUAAAAAUUCUCCCCACCGAGGCCCGCAGUGACCAGACGAAGGACAAGGACACGAGGGCCCGUUUUGACGCCGACGCUCCUCUCGAUGACCUCACGUCAUAUGUGGCGGACCUUCGACGGCCAAGUCAGUGUCCAAGCUCGCCUGCGGCCACGUGGCAUGACCCGGUCGCCGCCGCUGCCCCGUCCCUCCGUGGCGAGGGCGCGUCACUUCCCGCUGUCAAGCCGCUCAGACACUCGUCAUCCUCAAAGACUUUUGCUGGCAAGACGAGGCAGCUGCCCCCGCCGACCAGAGGCCUUCCUUGCUUUAACAGCGCCCCCCGGCAGCAAGUCUUCAGUCCGUGCGGCACCUCGUCGCUUCUGCUCCGCCGCAUCUCGGAGCCCCGUGGUGGCGCAAACCCAGAGAACGCCGACCGGGAGCCGCUCAAGGAGACGGCCAAGAUGAUUGCCCCUUUGGGUCGCUCGUGUCUCCCCAAGCCAAAGAUUCCCUGAGAAGCCUCAUGCAGCACAAGAAAGAGAGGAAGAUGGCCGCUGCAGCGCCCCUGAAUAUGUAGAAUAUGUAGCAAGAUGAGCAACGCAAGUCCACAACCUGUAAGUCCGCAUUCAUGUCACUUUUACAAACGUUUAGUGCAGGGCUGGCCAAAGUGUCACUCCAUUUUUUUAAUGUAUUGCAAAUGUAUUUAUUUAUUUUUCCUAAUGAGUUUCAAUAAUUAGUUCGUUCAUAGGCUGUAAAUAUUACAAUGCAACAUAAAAAAAAAAAUCUGACACAAAUCCCAAUUACAGAUUAUGAGAAUAUUUUUAUUUCAGGGGUACAACUGAACUGCAGCUGAGUUUAGCAGCGCUAGCGUCAUGAGAUGUUUAAGGCAAUUUAUUUUUUUUCACACAAUAUAACUUUGUGUCCAUUAUUUUAAAAUUGUCUUGAUAAUAUUUCAGUUUGGAAAAAAAAUGCUCUGCACGUUAAGCAAUAACUGACUGCAACUUCCACUAACAACCCGGACUAAAUUGACCUCCUCCCUGACUCCUUGAAUUCUAAAAAAAAAUCUAUUUAAUUAAGAGUUUAGUGUUAGAAGAAACGAUUUUAAAUGUUUUAGCAAAUUUUUAUUUCACCUCUCACAGCCCAUCUGUUGUGUUUAAAAAUUAAAUAGUGGCCAUGAGCACCAAAACCAGCCCGUUUCCAGUUUAGUAGGUGCCACUCACAAAAGCCCCCUUCUGCUCUUUAAUUUAGUUGCUCCAUUCACGACGACACAAUAUUGCUUGCCCUCGCUCGACCGCGCCCUCCGUCCCGCGGCGGCUGGCCGUUUUCAAGGUGGCACAGACGCGACCUUUACAGUGUAGCUGAAGGGCCGCGGGAGGUGGAGCGUGGAGGCUAAAAACAAGUUGUGCUGGACAAAGUGAGUCAUGGCACAAAAGGUGGAUUAGGUGUGGGAGACAAAGCUGUCUUGCAAAAAGAAUUUGUGUGUGGCUACUUUGCACCGCCGUGUGUGCGUGCGUGCGUGCAUGCGUGCCCAGUGGAAGAAAGCAGCACUAUAAAGUCGCUAAUGAAAUCCAAUACGAGACUCUCUCUGCUUUACAAAGACAUCCAUCCGUCCAUCCAUCCGUAUUGUAUAGCCCUUGUCCUCAUUAGGGAAGCGGGUGCGUUGCAGUCAAUCCCAGCUGACUGGCUGCCAGCUCAAAAUAAAUAAAUAAGUUAAUAAUAACGAUUAACAUAUGCAUUUUAAUUUAAUUUUAAUGUAGUCAUACUGUACAGUAGUGAAAAGCAAGAAAAAGUGUCAAGACUACUGUCCUAUAGUGUCUUACCGGUGAAGACAGUGUUUCCGUCACUGUGUGCCUAAUAUUAUGGUUUGUUACUCGGGAUUAUCCAUGCCACUUUGUUUUGAGUCCGAGUACCGCUCACCAAUCCGACACCUGUUGUAGUUUUGAUAUAAUUUUAUAUGAAAGAAUGAAUUUCUGAGGCAGAAGUGUCAAACUGCCACAGUGUAGCGCCACCCACUGGUGAGGAGGACUUGUGUCAGAUUUAUUUUUUGCCUUUUAGUAUACUUGGUUGGUACCAGCGUCCACCACGAGUACCCGAUACCUUUAAAUAAGGUCGGUACCGACACCUGGUGUCAUCAUUCGCCCAUCCCGAGUUGUUACGCCAGACGACAAAUGACUAAUUUGCAAUCAUGUGAAUAUCAGCUAACAGGACUUCAUUAAGGUGCUUGGCUCUCGGCUCCAUCUGUCGACUAGAAUCUGGCUCUUUUUUUUUUCUUUUAAAUUGAAUUCUGUUUAUCUCCUCCCCACACUUUUUUUUUGUACUGUCAAACGCUCCCUCGCACGUUCCCGCAUGGCGAGCAGUGGUGUGUUAAGAAGAGCCACUGACAGGGACUCUGCUCUCUUCACUGUCGGGGCCCCGUGACCGCUCGCCUCUGUACGCCUCCGGCAGGGACCACUCGGCUGCAUCCCCUCCACAUAGACACACACACAUAGACACAUACACACAUGCACAGGCCCUGUGACACAACUAGAAUGGACGUGAAAGGGAACACACAAGCACACGCACACAAGACCCCAACAGACACAUAAGAGCGGAACCUCUGAAAUCGAACUCAAUCAAGGCAGCUUUAUUCAAUAUAAUGAAUAGUCUAACACGUAGCAGCAAAGCAGUGAAAUAAAAUAAGUUUACUGAAAUUACUAAAAGAACCUACAGCACAAGAACAUUAUUACACAAAUGCUCUAAAAGGCCAUAAUAGGAUCAUGUAUCAUUUAAAAACAUUUUUAAUUUGGGCUAGUUUUAGUUGUGUUGGCAGCUCAUUUCAUUUGCGUAAUUCUCAUUCUGGUGCUAAGCCAUUCAAUCAUUUAUUGACUUGGAACAUAAUUUACUUUUAAUUUUGGUUUUAAUUCACUUUUAAAGGCACAGAGACCUUGAACUGCUCUACACCGUCAGUGACUUUUCCUCCAAUAUUCAGGUGAAAUUUGGUUCCAUUGAAAGUAGAAUGGGAGGAUUUCUGUUCAAAUAGCCGCUGGAUGUUUCAACUGUAUUCCGAACCGAACAAGCACAAAAAGCCAAAAAUAAAUAAAAUGGAGGGUGACGCAAUGGGAGAGCCAGAGAGCAAACUUCAAACGCAGCCCGUGAAGGUGUUUGGAUUACGGAGGGGGUGAGCCAGGGUAAUAUGUUUGCACAUGAGGUGGAAUAUGUUUGUUUGGAUGCGACGUGCUCCAGGAGGGGGUAUCGACCCCCCGCGCACCCCACUUCACCCCACUCGGCCUUGUCACUCAUCGCUCGCUAAUGCCAACCCAGAAAUCAAUGCGGCGUGUUUGUGUGUGUCAAAGCUGCGAGUGCCCACAGGGCGGGAAGGCAAACACGGCGCACGGCAACAAGCAAGGCCAACGGCGUCCUUCUCCCCACCGCGUGCCGCUCUAAAGCCCUAAUCUCCAAAUCAAUCCCCUCGCUAAGUUUAAAAGUGCGGCCAAUCAGUCUGGCUCCCGCCGAAAGCACAAAGCCUGAAAACACUGCCGAUCAAUUCUCACGCUGGCGCGAGGGCCGGAAUUAGCUAACUUGUUUUUUGUUAGUUGUGUUAGCGCAGUUUUGCACAACGAGGAAAAGCAUCAGAGGAAAGCGGGUUGUCGUGUGAUGGAUUGCGACGGCGUCAGUGUAGUUAACGCCGAGUUAUGUCGUCUUACCUAACCCGCAAUUGGUAGGCAUUGAAGCAUACUUGCACUUUCUGAGCUCUGCUUUGACCUCAAAUUGGCUGCAGAAGUCACUGCUAUUUAAUUAAUAUUUAUUUAAUUUAUUUAAGAGCCACAAAUUUUGUAAAAAUCUUGUGAAAUUGCAUCUCAGUUCUGACAGGUAUGACUUAGACCAGUUUUACACUAAAGGCCACCUUUAAUUAUUUUCUCUCCAAGUAAUGUUACAACAGUAAUAGUAUUAAAAAAAAAAAAAAGUUAACUUUUUUUUUUUUCUUCAUUAACAAAUAACUGACAAGGUUUAAUACUGACAGCUUGGCGAUUAAGUGUUGUCUCUGAGUAAAAAUACAAAUAAUACUUAUAAUUUUGUCCAUAUGGGGUCUCGCUUGGUAGAUAGGCUCAUUUUUCAAGUCACGAUAAUUAACCAAUAAACAAAACCACAGGCCAUAAUUUAGCAUUAUAUACUGACAUGCAUGUGGACGCUGGCCGUGCAAUAUUGUGAAAAAUGACUAACCCAAUGCACUUUAACAAUAUUUCAAAUGUUAGUUAGAAGGUUUGGCAUCCUGUGAGAGGUCAUACGUAUGCGUGUCUGCCUUUUCAGUGCUUUCACACGGACUUACUGUAAACGGGUAAUACGAACUCUAUUGGUUCUAUCACUGUGGAAAUAAACUAUAAUUUUGAAACACA